CGUAUAACCUCAGUUUUUGUUGAUUUGGGUUUUGUGGUUGUGUUUCUUAAUUCCUAAUAUUGUGCACAACAACGCACAAGUUAAUAAAACAAAAUUGUCUGAUAAACAAUCAACCAAUAAAAUUCUAGUGUAGUAUUAUUUAUAUAAUCAACAACAAUGUCGUUCGGCUCUGGAUUUGGUCAAACUAGUAGUUUUGGUGCUCCACAGCAACCGUCAGCGUUUGGUGCGCCUGCACAACCAUCAACAGGCUUUUCUUUUGGAACUACAGCUCCAGCAGCAAAUACAUCAUUAUUUGGUGCUCCAGCGCAACAGCCAGUUGCUGGAUUUGGUGCCCCUGCAGCUGCUCCAGCCCAACAACCAGCAGCAACUGGAUUUUCCUUUAAUGCACCAAGUGCAGCAGCUCCCACUCAGCCAGCUUUUGGUGCUUCAGCAACUCCUACACUUGGCACAGGGCUUGGAACAGGGUUUGGUGCAAAUACUUCAACUACUCCUGGUUUUGGUUCAUUAGGAGGAUUAACAGGGACUUCUGCAGGGGCAGCAACAGGAUCAACAUUUGGAACAUCAUUUGGUACAUCUUUUGGCACGCCAGCAGCAACAGCGACCAGUCAACCCGCUGCAGCCGCACCAAGUUUAGGUCUAUCUUUCGGUACACCUGCGGCAUCUACAGCACUACCAGUCGCAUCAAGCGCCGCACCUUCAGGUUUUGGCCUUUCUUUUGGCACUCCCGCUGCAUCAACAAAUACAACUGGUUUUUCUCUCGGAGGAACAACAUCCACAGCUGCACCUACACUCGGGUUAAGUUUUGGUCUUCCGGCUGCAACAUCCACAGCAGCAACUGGUUUAAAUUUUGGUACAACCACUACAGCAAGUACAGGCUUGACUGGGUUUAGUUUAGGUGGUUUUGGUACGCCUGCUUCAACAGCAACUACAGCAUUAGCUCCAGCUACUGCAGCUGUUACACCCGCUCCUGUUGGGCUUGGUGGAGUAGCAUCUUCAACUCCUUCUUCAACAGCAACUGCUGCAAAGACAGAGCAGGCGCCUAAGGAACAUUUGUUGCCAAAUGAGAUUCAACAGACUGUUGAUAGCUUUAAGAAUUUCGUUAAACAACAGAAGAGUUACAGCUCGGAUGUUGCGAGGUGUUCUGUGAAAGAAUUCAGAAAAGUUGAGAGUGAUAUUGACGGUUUGAAUAAUAUGCUAAAUGAAGUAGAGAAACAGCUGCAGGUUAAUCGAAAUGUUGCGGAAAAAUUGAAGUAUGACACAGCGAAAGGUCUCCAACAGGUUGAAAUGGCACAACGUACCUACGACACCCCAAUUGGCCUCCAGUACGAAAACACAGCGCCUCUUCACUUUUUCGUAGAUUUAUCCAAUCAAUUUGAACGCGAGAUGCAAAACAUGCGAUUGCAAAUUGAAAGCACCGAUAAAUACAUCAAAGACAAUGGAAAAUCAGCUCCGCUCACUCAUCAAGACCUUGUUUUGGGCAUGAGACGCAUCCAUGAAAUAUUUGUAGCUCUCGCUGGUCAUCUCCAAGCCUUGCAUACACAAGUAGAAUCACAAAAGGAGCAGUAUCUUAACUUUAGAAAAUACAUGCUCAAUGAUUCUACGAAUGUGUUUGAAAGUACACAUAAAGAAACGGAAAACACUAUAAAUCAAAUUAAAAACUUCACUUUGAAACAACCGCCGAUGUUGUCAUCCGGCCCGACACCUUUUGGUAAUGUCACGCAUCCGAGCGUGGUGCAAGCUGCGCAACAGAGUCAACCACCUGCGUAUCAAACUACAAGUGGAUUUGGGAAUACGUUAGGAACAUCAGGUUUUGGAACGGGUACCGGUUUUGGUGGCACUGGAACAUCUUUCUUUGGAUCACCUUCAUUUGGCACUAGCGGUUUUGGUACCUCUGGUUUCCAACUGCAGAAGCCUCCAACUGGUAACAAACGUGGAAAGCAGUGACAUUGGCUUCCCAAUACAUAAUUAGGAUUAACACAACACAAAUAAGAUUGUUCUCACUACACAGCGCCUACUUGGAUGACAGGGAUCAACAGACCAAAUGCGUCUUCAACGUACCUAGAGCUGUUGGCAGCCUGUAAAAUCAACAAAACAUUAACAAGAAACUGUUUAAAUUGGUAUUUUCAACAUACUUCAAGGUAUAUGUUUGAUACUAAUGUCUUAAUCUCGUCGUUGGUCGCCUGGGCCGUGAGUUGUUUCAAUUUUUCGGUAUACUUUGUCGAUAACAAGCUGAUAAGAGCAGUUAUUGCAGUGGUUAAUCUGAAAUGGACGUAUUUUUACAAAAUUAUUGAUAAUACACUAUUUUUUAAACUGGAAA